CCGACAGUUCUUGUGACUGUAAAUGCGGACAUUUUUGUCGACUUGGAAAGUAGCAGCAAAAAAAACAAAAAAAAAAAGUGAAGUAAUGUUCAGGUAGCUGGGGAGUUGGAAAGCGUAAAGACUUCGGGAGCGAGGACUGACUGUUUUAUUGCGUGGGAGGAGAGUCACUGACUUAUCGUCAUGCCUUUGGUGAUGCGAAAUAUCGAGCCACGGCACCUGUGCCGUCAGACCCUGCCCACGGCGGUGAAAAGUGAGCUGGAGUGUGUGACCAAUAUCACACUGGCUAACAUUAUCCGCCAACUUGGUUCCCUCAGCAGGUUUGCGGAGGACGUGUUUGGCGGGUUGUUUGUCCAGGCCAGCUUGUUUGCAGAGAGGGUGAACACGCUUGGUGAAAGAGUGGACAAACUUCAGGUUAAAGUUACCCAGCUGGACCCCAAAGAGGAAGAGGUUUCCUUGCAGGCAAUCACCACCCGCAAAGCCUUCCGCUCUAAUCUGAUUCAGGAUCAACAGCUCUUCACUCGGCCUUCUCUGCCUCAGCCUGUUCAAGAGACCUACCAUACCUGCAACCAGCCACCUCCACUUAAUAUCCUCAGCGUAUACCGGGACGAUGGAAAGGAAGCACUUAAGUUCUAUACUGACCCAUCCUAUUUCUUUGACCUGUGGAAAGAGCAGAUGCUACAAGACACCAAAGACAUCAUGAAAGAAAAACGGAAACAUAGGAAAGAAAAGAGAGAAAAUCCCAACCGUAGUAACCUGAACCCUCGCAAGAUCAAGACGCGUAAAGAGGAAUGGGAACGUCAAAAGAUGGGAGCAGAAUUUGUCGUCCCUAAAACGGACCUUGAUCAAUCCAGGGAUGUGGUCAACGGCAGCAUUGGGUCAGGUGAUGACAUGGGUACGAUAGACUCUGAGGGAUUUGACCAAAGCACUGCCUCCUACAGUUAUGAUGCUGGCUCGCCUCUUCCACCGCCAGUGAUAGAUGAUGAUGGUUUCUUGCCUCCUCCUCCCCCGGAUAUGACGUGUAAUGAUGUACAAUUUGGAACUUCACCUCAGAGACCAGUUAGCAUUCUAAGCCCCAGCCAUCCACCUCCAGCUCCUCCAACAAUGCCAUGCUCUCCUCCUGGCCGCCCUACAGUGGCACCCCCUGUCGCCCCACCUCCUCCCCCACCCAUGGGAUUGGCUCCACCCCCACCUCCAUUAGGAUUUGAUUCUCCUCCAUCUCCUCCUCCUCCUGCUUUUGCCUCCAUUUCUCCAUCUAUUCCUCCACCACCACCCAUGACUACCGGUGUCCCAUCUCCACCUCCUCCUCCUGUUGGGGAUGGACCCCCACCUCCACCUCCACCCCCUCCACCCCCAGGCCCUCCACCACCAUGCUUUGCUCCAUCAGCUCCUGCCCCUCCUUCUUCAGGUGGCCUUUCAGCUCCUUCUGCCCCCAAGCCUCAGCCUGCCCCUGCCAGCGAUGGCCGCAGCGAUCUGCUGGCAGCUAUUCGUCAAGGCUUUAACCUGCGUAAGGUGGAGGAGCAGAGAGAGCAAGAGAAGAGAGAUGUCGUAGGCAACGAUGUGGCAGCUAUCCUGUCUCGCCGUAUCGCCGUGGAGUGCAGUGAUUCUGAGGAUGAUUCCUCAGAGUUCGAUGAUGAUGAGUGGUCUGAAUAAGACUAUAAUGCCUGUCAUGAGAGAAAGCAUUCCUGUUAGACCAAAACUAUUUGUUUCCCUUUAAUGAGGCCAGCGGCAGUAGAUGCGGGCCAGGGUGUGUGUGUGCGCGUGCGUGUGUGUGCAUGGUCUCUUCUGUCUCAGAGUGAAUUAUUUAGAUGAUCAGCCUGCUCGUGUUUCAGAGUGCCAAUUCCUCUGAAACGCAGCUAUAAAUGAGUAAAUUGAACUAGAGAGGUUCUGAGUUUUUUUUUCUUUUUUUUUUUUUUUUUUUUUCUUUUUGCAUCUCCCUAGCAUAUUUGUAAAAGAUCAUCAUUAAUCACCUAAAGCUUUGCUUUGUUCAUACACAGAAGUUGAGUAUGAUACAUUGCAUGAGGCAGUACAUUAGAUAACUACUACUGCUAUCUUUCCUUUCUUUUUUCCCUCAGAUGGGAACAUUUUCUCAUGGCAUUGGCUUUUAUUUGGAAAAUUAUUUCCCAGAAUAAGAAGCACAGUUUGUAAAACAAAGUUUUUACACAAUACAUGUGUAAAAUAUAUAAAAUAGUAUCAUGCUUUACCAUCCUGUUUCCUUGGAAACAAUCUAUUGUCUAAGUGCUUUUAUUUUAUCUGUCCUUUGAGCUUGGCAUUAUGGUGUUUUCCCAAUUGUAUGUCGUUUUUCUCAUAUCUUUGUACUAGCUUUGGUUUGUCAAGUGUUCUGAUCCUUUUUUUUUUUUUUUUUUUUUUUACUCUACAGUAUGUAUGCCAAAGUCACUUAAGCCAAGAAGCUGGAAAAAAGUAAAAAAAUGUAUUUUUUUUAAUUAUAAAGGAAAAUUAUUAAUUUGUUAAAAGUGCCUGCUUUAUGCAAGAUUACCACCCAAAGAAACUUUUCAACAUAUAAAAAAACAUAGCCAAAGCAGUGACUGUGUUGUUUUAUAAUCUUUGUUGUUUUGUACCAUGGCCACCUUACUUUACUUCAAACGCUGCUGGUUUAAGUUUGUAUGAUUUACUUUCUUAUAACUCAUCAGAAAGCAACCAUUCCAUUCUCACCCUAGGUUGGCAAUGUCAUCAUAUGUCAUGGCUUUGUCUGUGAGGGCAUUAAAUUUUUCUACUCCUUGCUUUUAAUGCAGCCUGUAAGCGAUUGAUUGAUUGAUUCAUAUGCAAAUUGGUUCAUUGUUUUUAUUUACCUAUAUACUAAGUGUUACAUUCCAACAUGCACCCAUGAUGACAAAGAUCAGGAGUAUUAAUAAAGUGUUAGUAAAUUUUUUACUCUGACAUUAUUUUAGAGUUUCUCUAAGAUCGUUAAACAGACAGCGACGAGCCAAUCAAAGACUAGUGUUUUGGCCAUGGUAUGAUUUAAGUUUGUAUUUCUUAUUUCCAGAAAGUAUGCAAUAUUUUUAAACUUUUUUUUUUAAUUGCCUAUGGUUUAUAAUUGUAAUUGAAAGCUUUUCUAUUGGUGAUUUAAUUAAAUAAAGACCUCAAGUUAUAAAAUGCA